AUGGCAUCGACAUAUUUCAAGUUACUCUUCAAUUUUAUUCUAUUCAUUUUCACCAUCUCUCCCACCUCAAGCCACCCUCUGGACCCUCUAACUCCCGAAGAGCUAACCCUAGUUCGAACCAUUGUGAUAGGCGCGACCUCAAACAACGACACAAUCUUCCAUUACGUAGCAUUAGACGAACCAGAUAAACCCCUGGUUCUGUACUGGCUAUCAAACCCUAUGUCCACACCUCCACCUCGACGAGCCCUAGCCAUCACCCGAGUCGACAAAGAAACGCACGAAUUUAUCGUCGACUUAUCGACACAGUCAAUUAUAUCCGACAAAUUAGUUUCCGACCAUCAUGGAUAUCCGACACUAACGCUCGAAGAAGAAACAGAAGUGUCGGAAUUGCCAUUUUCAUACGUUCCAUUUAUCGAAUCGAUGAAUCGGAGAGGACUCAACUUAUCUGCUGUGAUUUGUUCUCCUAAUACACUCGGUUGGUUCGGACAAGAAAAGACCAAACGGAAUGUGAAACUUCAGUGUUUUUAUUUAAAUAAUGGGUCCAUUAAUUAUUAUGCUUUUCCGAUCGACGGGAUAUGGAUGAUCGCUAAUCUUGAUAAAAUGAAGAUUGUGGAAUAUAGCGACAGGUACACAAAACCAAUUCCGAAAUCUGAAGGGACGGACUAUAGAUUUUCCGAGCAGAAGCCUCCGUUUGGUCCUCGCAUUAAUCGUGCGGCUAUCUGUCAACCUGAUGGACCUGGAAUUGAAAUCGAAGGCCAUAUGGUCAGAUGGGGUAAUUGGAAAUUCCAUGUAUCGUUUGAUGCACGAGCUGGUACAAUGAUAUCGACAGCAUUUAUAUAUGAUGAAGAAGCACAAAAGUCUCGCAGUGUAUUAUACAGAGGGUAUGUAUCAGAGGUAUUUGUACCUUAUAUGGAUCCAACAUUGGACAGAUUCUCCGAUACGUUCUUUGAUGCUGGAGAAUACGGUUUAGGUUACAAUGCAGUUUCAUUAGUAGCAUUGCUAGAUUGCCCCAACAAUGCAGUGUUCAUGGAUGGUUAUUAUGCAAGAUUUGAUGGUUUGCCUGUGAAAGUACCCAGAGCGAUUUGCUUAUUUGAAAGAUAUGCAGGAGAUAUCAUGUGGAGGCACACUGAAACAGGCAUUUCUUCGACAACAAUAAAUGAGGUUAGGCCUGAUAGAAGUUUGGUUGCAAGGAUGGUUAGUAGAGUUGGUAAUUAUGAUUAUGCAUUUGAUAAGGAAUUCAAGCUAACCGGUUCCAUCCACAUGGAGGUUAGUUUAACUGGAAUUUUAUAUAUGAAGGCAACAGAAUACACUAACAAUUGUCAGAUCGAAAAGGAAAUUUUUGGACCGUUAGUUUCAGAAAAUACAAUUGGGUCGAACCAUGAUCAUUUCUUCAUGUACCGGCUUGAUUUGGACAUUGAUGGAGUUCAAAAUUCCAUGGUAAAACGCCACUUAGUAACCAAAAGAAACCGAAAUUAUGAUACACCAAGGAAGAGCUAUUGGACCGUUGUUAGUAAAACAGCAAAAACCGAAUCGGACGCGAAAUUACAGUACGGCUUGGACCCGAUUCAGGUUCUGAUAGUUAACCCAAACGAGAAAACCAGACUUGGAAAUAGUCAUGGAUAUCGUUUGGCACCAGCAUCAAUAGUACACCCACUUCUAACCAGAGAUGAUUACCCUCAAAUUCGUGCGGCUUUCACAGAAAACGAUGUGUGGGUUACCCCGUAUAACAAGUCGGAAAAAUGGGCGUCGGGAUGGUAUGUUGAUCGGAGCCGUGGCCGGGAUACAUUAGCCGUCUGGACUCGCAGGGAUAGAGAGAUUCAUAACAAAGAUAUAGUUUUAUGGCAUCUUAUGGGGAUUCAUCAUGUUCCUAGCCAAGAAGAUUAUCCCAUAAUGCCAACUCUGAAGGCUCGCUUUGAGCUUCAUCCCAACAAUUAUUUUGAAAGAAACCCUGUCUUGAAGGUCAUUCCUCCUGAGCCCGUAACUCCGUGUAAUUGCACGGCAUCUCCGACCUAGUUUAUGAUUAGUGAAGUUUAUAAAAAGCAAAAUACUAGUAUAUUAGAUGAAAUUGCCAAAUAUAUCUUAGUUUAAAAAUUUGUAUCAGUUUAAACCAAUAGUUAUUUCAUUUGUAUAAAUUGUAUUCAAGUGA